AUGCCGGAACCAAAAGUAGAUGGCGUCCUCACAUCUCAGGUCGACUUGGAGGUCUCCAACCAAAACUUGUCCGCAGAAAAAAAGGGCACUCACGAUGAUCAACGAGACAUGUAUCGUAUGGGGAAGGUUCAGGAAUUGAGACGAAACUUUCGGUUUCUUUCGAUUUUUGGCUUUUCCAUGAUUCUGAUGGCAAGUUGGGAAACCAUGCUAGGAACAGCGAUCAUCGGUCUAAUCAAUGGCGGAACAGCUGGACUGAUAUGGAUGUAUCUUGUUGCCUGGAUCGGCUUUUUGGCGGUGAACACUUCAAUGGCUGAAAUGGCUUCCAUGGCUCCAACCUCAGGGGGGCAGUAUCAUUGGGUGUCUGAAUUUGCACCUAGAAAAUAUCAAAAGUUUCUGAGCUUCAUCGUCGGUUGGCUUUGUGUGCUGGGUUGGCAGACUGGGGCUGCCAAUACGGCAUUUCUGGCCGGUACCCAGAUUCAAGGAUUGGCGAUUCUGAACUAUCCUGACUACGUGCCCGAGAGGUGGCACGGAACCUUACUGACAUUUGCUGUGGCUUCAUUCUCGGUGAUUUUCAAUACUUUUCUGGUCAAGAAACUACCCUUGGUGGAAGGUAUUGUCUUGAUUGUUCAUAUUUUCGGCUUCUUCGCAGUUCUCAUUACACUCUGGGUUCUUGGACCGCGAGGCAAUGCUCAUGACGUCUUUACCCAGUUCAACAACUAUGGUGGCUGGAGCAGCGAUGGUCUUUCCGCCAUUGUGGGUAUACUCGCUGUCAUGAUUCCACUACUUGGUGCAGAUGGUGCUGUCCAUAUGUCCGAGGAGCUCCGUGAUGCGUCAAGAGUUUUGCCUCAAAGCAUGCUUGCUACAACAAUCUUCAACGGCUCGAUGGGAUGGAUCAUCUUGAUCACUUUCUGUUUCGUGCUGGGCAAUCUGGACGAUGCCAUCAGCUCCCCAACCGGACAACCGUACAUUGCCGUCUUUUACACCGCAACCGAGUCAUAUGCUGGCGCUUCCGUGCUGUCAGCCUUGGUGAUAUUCAUGGCCAUAUUUUGCAACUUGUCAAUUACGGCCACGGCGUCUCGUCAGCUGUGGUCUUUUGCCCGCGACCAGGGAGUACCAAUGUCUUGGUGGUUUGCACACGUCCGACCCGGCUGGGAUGUCCCGAUGAAUUCUAUCGUCGUAUCCUGGGUUGUGUCGUGUUUGUUGUCGAUCAUUAAUGUUGGCUCGACAAUUGCCCUUAACAACAUAACGUCACUGUCACUUGUGGCGAUCCUGUCCUCGUACAUUGUUUCGACUGGGCUGGUGUUUUGGCGACGACUUUAUAAAUUACCUCUUCUUCCCGCCAAAUUCACAUUCACUCGGCCCGUUGGCCUCCUCCUUAAUGGCUUCAGCAUGUUGUUCUUGGUGUUCGCAUUUAUCUUCGCCUUUUUUCCUGGAAACCCGGAUCCAACGGCAGCCCAAAUGAAUUGGUCUUCCCUCAUCUAUGGAGCGGUGAUAGUAUUUGCCAUUGCCGACUACUACCUUCGGGCUCGCCACGUGUAUGAUGGCCCCGUAGAGUAUGUACGGAAACUGGAUUGA